ACUACUCAAUUUUAUACAUUUAUUUAUUCAUUUAUUUGUUUGUUUAUUUUGAAAAUACAGGCGAGAUAACUUCGCUAAGGGAAUGAAAUAGUUUCGAAAACACAACUUCCCAGGAUGCUUUGCGAUAAGAACAACAAAUAUGGCGUAUCUGCUCAUCUUUUCCCGGACGUGAUAAGAAUUGUGAAGCGUACAACAGAUGAACUAAAGAAGCGACAACCGGGACAGCACUGCAGAAAAUUUACCGCUGCGGUGCAUCUACACUACACAUACCUGUCUACGCCGGUGAGUCAACGGACACUAUGCCCUCUCCUAAAGCGAAAAACCCCGGUCGCAGCGGAGGAAGCCCGGUGCUCGGGAGCUCAAACGGCCGCUAUGAGUUCAUGUCUCUGACAAAGCCGCUAAACCGGUCUUCACCGCCACACCUGCUCCAGCGCCAGGGCUCCGACCCGACCACGGCCCGCCUUCGAGCCUCUGAAAGCCCCACUCGGCGCCGGGGCUCCGGCUCCUCCACGGGCUCCGCGAGCGGUCAGGGGCCACCUGAAGAGGAUGGUAUCCGGCUCAACCCCUCCCUCAUUCGCGUAGCGCUCAGCUCCCUGCUGGCCAUCGACCUGUGGCUGUCCAAGCAGCUGGGAGUGUGUGCCUGUGAGGACUCGUCCUGGGGCAGUGUGCGCCCCUUAAUGAAGCUCUUAGAGAUAUCGGGACAUGGUAUCCCGUGGCUGGCUGGUACCGCCUACUGUCUGUACAAGAGCGACAGUGCUGCAGGACAAGAAGUCAUGCUCAACCUUUUCAUGGGGCUGCUGCUGGACCUGAUCUUGGUGGGCAUUGUUAAGGCAGUGGUGCGUCGGCGUCGGCCAGCACAUAAUCGUAUGGACAUGUUCGCCACCUUUUCUGUGGACCGCUACUCCUUCCCCUCCGGACAUGCCACGCGCGCCGCUAUGUGUGGCCGUUUCCUGCUAGCUCACCUCGUGCUGGCUGCCCCGUUGAGAGUUCUCGUUCUGCUGUGGGUGGGCCUGGUAGGGUUGAGUCGAGUGAUGCUGGGCAGGCACAAUGUGACUGAUGUGAUGUUUGGUUUCUGGAUGGGCUAUUGCCAGUACAACCUUGUGGAAAUGCUGUGGCUGUCCCCUCAAACACUGCAAGGGCUGCUGGGACAGUCAGCUUAAAGACUAAAGGAAAUGGUAGUUUAUAUUUGAGUGAAGGAGCACAUACACACCUUUUUUCCCUUUAUAGUAAUAUAUUCUCACUGAAUUGAAAGCGGCGCCAUUUCUACGGUUGGGAUCAUUUUAAAAAUACAUUUAAUUUGUAACAAAACAAUAUUUGCUAAAGAGAAAUAUGAAUAAUGUUGUGCAGCAUAAAGUUGUGUUAAAACAAAAAUUGUUUUGUUAUAAAAUAAAUGUUUUUAUAAAUUCAAAUAAAUAUUAAGAAUACGUUUUACAUCCCAUAAGUGCUGUAUUGGAGAUUAUGCUGACGCUAGAGAGUAGAUCUUUAUCAAACAAACAAAACGAAGAGUUUUUCAUGUUGUGUGCCACUUAAGUCCACUACCAGCCCUCUUUCUGAGGUAGCUGCUAGCUUGUCUAUAACAAGUAGCAGGUUAAUCCCAACAGAUUACAGGAGAAAAGGUUUGACCAUUUACCUUCUGAACUUCUCUAACUCACCUAUGACACUUCUGUAGCUUUAUUUAAGGAUACAGUUUUAAGUGCAGUUUCCUGAUUUAAAUAGAGAACAUUAUUUAAAGUGCAGUCUAUGAGCUUUCAAUUUGAAUAAGAACCACCUGUGAUUUCAGAAGUGAAGUAAAAUAACUCACUAGAAUUGCCAGAGUCAGUGAUCUGUCUCAAUUUUACAUUCACAACACAGUUUAAUGGGCUUUUACUUACUUUACCCAUCCACAAACUUUAUAAGCAAGCUCAGUUCAGUUUUUACAAAAUCUAGCAAAAGUUUUAAAAAGUGAAACAAAUGUGUUGAACACAAUGUUACACUACCACAGCAUUCCACCAGUGGCAGCUUAUUCAUGUGCAUGAAAAGAAGUGUACUUUAGAGUUGCUGUACAGCUUUGAGUGAAAUAAGUUGUUCAAUCUGGAAACCAUGGCAAAAACUUAUUAAAUAGUAGUAUUUAUUAAACAUAACGGGAAAAACUGAAUUAAAAAUAACCAGAAUUUAAUAUAUAAUAUCAUAUAUAAUAAUAUCAUAUCAUAUCAUAUAAUUUAUGAAUCAGACAUGCUGGGGGUUUUUUUUUAUUUUGUUUUUUUUUAAUGGAAGAUUGUAUAACUACUCUGUGAAUAGUUUUCACAAUUCACAUUUACUUGCUGACGUCAAAUGAAAACUGCACAUAUAGCGAACUUGCUUACCUGUCUUUACCUGCCCCCGUCUAGCCUUUCUAGGAGCUAAUCAUGAUAUAAGCCCUAACAUGUCCUCAAAGCUUUGUUCACAGAGCACAGAGGGCCUUUCAUUCUUCUUUACGUGACUACUGAUCGGAUAAGAAGACAUAACAUUCUUUUAAGGAGGCACAUCCAAACCCUCAUAAAGAUUAAUUGCACCCCAUAUAUUUGUCUGUUUGACUUUAACACUAUCUCUCUUUCAUUAAUAGUCAACCAAAACUGUACAUGUACCUGAUAACUUAUCAGCUCUGAUGGAUUACAUACACUUAACCGUAAUGUUAUCAGGUCGUCUACAUAAAUCACUUGCAGAAAUUUGCAAACACAGUAUAGUUGGCAUAUCAGAUUUAUACAGUGUAUUUGCUUAAAGGGACAAUUCACCCAAAAAUCAAUUGGCUUAAGAGUUGUCUUCACUUAAAUGAAAUAAGACACUGCACAUUUGUCUUUAUUAGGCAGGAAUGCAGUAUAAUGCACACACUUGGGUCUUAAGUACUACAGGAGUAUAUACUGUAUAUAGACGUUUUCAUUUUGAAAUUUACUGAAAAACUAAUGAAAAAAAAAAUAACUUGAUUCACUUGAAAUUGAAUGACUCACAGGUGUGCUGUUUUAAUUAUAUAUAAAAGAUUGUAAAUAUAUUGCAUGGUUAGGUUUUUUCAUUCACAUUUAAAUGCUUUUGGACAUUAAAUACAUAAAUGUAUAUGAAGGGGAAAAAAUAAUGAUCUAUAGUUUCAUUAAACACAAUUUUUCAGUCUU